AUGUCGCACAGCGAUUGCAGACUCCCGACGAUUCGCGCACAUUUUAAAGAUUUGACAAAACGGUUCUUCGAUAGAGCCCAGCAUCAUCCCAACCCUCUGGUGGUAAGCGCAGCAAACUACCAACCGGACACAAACGCGAACGUAAACAAACGUCGCCCGCGAAACGUCCUCAUCGACCCGGUCGACGAAGAGGACUUAGAUACGAUGGACCCACCGCCGGGGGUCCCGCCGGAUAACACUACACCCACAGUUACCACAGUUAGUGUAACAACAAUCACACCAGUUCGCCCUCGCCUCCGAGCACGGCGAGACCCACACAACGCGUACACAAGGUACACCCGCGUUCCGGGGCGGUUCUCACCGCUCCCAGCCACCGAU